GACAAAAGUGAACCACCUCUAGAAGGUCAGUUGCCUGAUGCCACUAAAGAUUCGAACUAUCAAAGGGACGUUUUUGGCCAAAUGGGGCUUGGUGAUAAAGAUAUUGUUGCUCUAUCUGGUGGCCACAUUCUGGUAGGUUCAGCAAACUGUGCUGCUGCAUUUUCUUUAAAACUUCAAUGGAAUAUCAGUAUUGAUAUGGUUAGAAAAUAUACAGAGAACAACCAAUUUACUGAUUUGAUUAUGAUUUAUUUUGAUAGGGAACUCCUAAGUGGAGACAAGGAAGGUCUUAUCCAGCUUCCAUCAGACAAAGCUCUUCUGGAGGAUCCAGUAUUCCGCCCUCUAGUUGAGAAAUAUGCUGCAGAUGAGGAUGCCUUUUUUGCAGACUAUGCUAAAACCCAUUUGCAGCUCUCAGAGAUCGG